GUGUGCCCAUGAUGGCCGGCAUCGCAACGUCCGAUCGGUCGGCCGGCUCGCGCAUUCAAUUGCUAAUCUACUUAUCCAUCUCCUCUGUAGCCGCCGCUAGUUAAAUUGAUUGAGACUGAUUGAUUGCCUCUACGGCUCUACGCGUCAAGAUCGAUCGAGCUGUUCAGUAAUUGUUCAUUGAUGGAUCUUCCAUGGAUCGCUCGCCUGCUGCCUGCCUGCCUAUAUACACGCGCUCGCCAUGGCCGCCGCUCCCUCACUUCACUUGUGGUUGUUGCGGAAGCUCAGCGGGUAGAUAGAUAGGUGGAGAUGGGCGCCAUGGAAGGAGCUGGAGGGAGGCUGCUGCUCCGCGUUCUCAUCGUCUGCGCUGGGGCACUGAUAGCGGGCGGCGAGGGCGGCGGGGACACGUCGGCCGUCGUCGUCGUCGGCAUGGCCCAGUGCGCCGGCUGCGGGAGGAAGAGCUUGGGCGCCGAGGCGGCCUUCAGGGGCCUCAAGGUCGCCAUCACGUGCAAGAACGAGAGCAAGGCCGUCGCCAGCCUCGACGGCACGGGCGCCUUCGCCGUGCCGCUCCCGCCCGGCGCCGGCGCCUCCGAGUGCCUCGCGCAGCUCCAGAGCGCGGCGAGCGGCGAGCCAUGCCCCGGGCAGGAGCCGUCGAGGAUCGUGCCGAUGCCGUCCGAGGGCGCGGGUGACGGCGAGGGCACCUUCGUGGCCGUCGCCGGCAAGGCGACGCGAGGUCGGACUUCGGCCGCGGCGCCCGAGUGCGCGGCGGCCAACAUCUGCUUCCCGUGCCACGCGUUCGGCAGGAAGCCCUUCUUCGCGCACCGGCGCAUGAAGCCCAUGCCGGUGUACGCUCCGCCCGUGUACGGGACGCCGGUGCCGGCGUGCCUGUGCACCCCUACCCCGGCCCCCGGGUGCCAGUGCCCUUAUCCCACGCCGGUUUACGGGACGCCCGUGCCGGAAUACUUCCCGCCUCCGGCCCCGGAGUGCGGAACGCCGGAUUGCCCUCCGGAGUCGCCGGAGUACGGGACGCCCACGCCGGUGUACGCCCCGCCAGUGUACGCGACGCCGAAACCGGUGUACGCCCCGCCCGUGUACGCGACGCCCACGCCGGUGUACGCCCCGCCCGUGUACGCGACGCCCACGCCGGUGUACGCCCCGCCAGUGUACGCGACGCCCACGCCGGUGUACGCUCCGCCAGUGUACGCGACGCCCACGCCGGUGUACGCUCCGCCCACGGCGCCCGUGUACGGGACGCCGACGCCGGUGUAUGCUCCGCCCGUGUACGGGACGCCGUCGCCCGUAUACGCUCCGCCCACGGCGCCCGUGUAUGGGACGCCGACGCCGGACUGCCCUCCCGAUCAGGCGCCGCUGUACGCUCCACCCACGGCGCCCGUGUACGGGACUCCGGCGCCGAGAUGCCUGUGCACCCCUACUCCGGAGCCGGGAUGCCAAUGCCCUUCCCCGACGCCGGUGUACGGGACUCCAUCGGCGAGCUGCCUGUGCACCCCGACCCCGGAGCCCGGAUGCCAGUGCCCGACUCCAACCACCACGCCGGUCUACGUGGCGCCGCCGACGCCGCAGCUCCCUCCUCCCACGCCGGUGUACGGGACUCCAUCGCCGGUAUACGCUCCACCGACGGCGCCGGUGUACGGGACGCCGGCACCAAGAUGCCUCUGCACCCCGACCCCGGCGCCGGGAUGCCAGUGCCCUGCUCCCACCCCCACGCCGGUCUACGGAACGCCCACACCGACGACGUACCCUCCUGCCGCUCCGGUGUACCCACGGCCGGCGCCGGAAUACGGAGCGCCGCCGGCGCCAGAGUGCCCGCCGGAGUACGGCACGCCCAUCUACACUCCCCCGGGCCACCACUAGCUCCAUCAAUGCAUGGUAGCACUCUGACAUUACUAGGGUACAUUCUGAGGGGAAUAAAAAGGUUGUGAGACUGAUUAAUGGCGGCCAGCUUUGAUGACGACGGAGCAUGCUCGUGUGUGUUGUACGUACUUUGCAAAUUGUUUGCAUUUGGCAAUGAACAUAGGAAGGUGUAUGUUCAUGCAUGAUGUGACCUUCUCCCUAGGAAGAACUCACUGGUCACUAGAUCAUUCAUGAUGAUUUAUCUUCACGAUAGUACUGGUAUAAAUUAUUGGGUUUUAAUUUUGGAGGAAGCAUGGAAAUUCCAAACCUCGUUGAAAUCUGUGAAAUUUCAGAAAUUCUUUCAGAUUUCGAUCUAUCAAAAAUUUCAUACUGUAAA